AAUUGCUUUAGUUGCAACAAUGGGCAUAAAAGAUAUGAAUCGAAAGGGCAUCCUGAUAAAUGUGGCAGUUUUUGUGGGGUUUCUCAUCCUGUGUAUGGGUGGUGGUGGACUAAUGGGUGCAAUUACUCGAAAUGAUUUUGGAGACAGCUCAGAAUGGUACACGAAACUUAUAAAGCCUAGUUUCAACCCUCCCAGCUACUUAUUUGGUAUUGUAUGGCCAAUUCUCUAUUUGCUGAUGGCUAUUUCAGCUUUUGCUGUGUGGACCAAGACAGGAAUAACAAAAGAGCCUGCUCCUUUGGUUAUAUUUUUCAUACAACUAGCGCUAAACUUUCUCUGGACUUUGAUAUUUGGCAAAGCAAAAGACUUAUUGGCGAGUUUGGUAGAGAUCGUGGUUUUGUGGUUUGCUAUCGUCCUGACAAUACUGCAAUUCUGGAAAUUCAGCAGAGGUGCAGCUCUGUGCUUGGUACCAUACCUGGCGUGGGUGACCUUUGCUACUGCUCUUAACUACAAAUUGUUCGAAUUGAACCCUGAAGCUUUUAGUAGUUGGGACGGUUUGAAACCGGAGUUAUAAAUCUCAGAAUUACAAGCAUUUGUUGAGAUACUAGUGCUUAUAGUCUUCAUAGUACUGACCAUGGUGUUUUUCGCCCGGGUAAAAGGUAGAGCUUGGACCCCUCUACUUCUACUACCCUAUCUCGCGUGGGUAUGUUUCGCUACUGCACUCAAUUGGAAUCUGUAUGCUCUCAAUAAGGAGGGUGAUGAAUAGAAUACAUAAUGAUAAUUAUUCAGAUAUGACUAUGAGUUCAAUUCAAUUUUUACUUUAACUUGACACUCGAAUAUUGUAACUUUUUUAACAUUCCAGAUUUGUAGUCGAUAAUCCGGGUAGUUAAAUUGAUUGAAUAAAAUGAGUUAUGUAUUGACAUGUUUUUAAUUACCUUUGACCUUGUAAUAACAUAUAUUAACUUGCUUUUUUAUUUCCAGUGCAUGUUUUAAUGGAUGUAAAAGCUGUUUAUUGGCAUUCCGUGACCUUUUGCAAUGCAUGAUAUCUUUAAACAGCUCUCCAAUGCCAAUAUCCGUGUGUGUGUGUGUGUGUGUGUGUGUGUGUGUGUGUGUGUGUGUGUGUGUGUGUGUGUGUGUGUGUAGAAAGAACUAAUUUAGAUAUCGGCAUGGGCUUAAGUUUUUUUCCUUUUUUGAGGUCAACUUAAAAAUGAAUCGAUUAUUUGUGUUUGUUAGACGGGGUUGGCAUUGAGAUCACAGAGUUGAGAGUACCCUGAUUUGAAGUAGCCAAAAUAUUAAUGAUUAGUAAA